CUCGCGCGCCCUAUCGCUCGCUCACUCGCUGGCUUCCAAGGAGCUUUGCGGAUCGGGAGAGGGAACCCCGCCUCGAUUCUCCGGGAGAAACCCCCUCCCUCCCCCACUUCGCCGACACUACCCCCGCCACCAACAACAAUAACCGCGGCUGCUCGUCCUGCCGCCGCCGCGCCCGCCAGCCCUGCUGCCACCGCCGCCACCGCUGCCACCGGGGCACAACCAUGGGAGGCAAGACCCCCGCACCGGUGCAGCUGAGCUCGAGGGCUUGCAGAAGACUGGACAGUCUCCUCUGAAACGGAGGCACCCUGAGAACCACCUUCCUCCCCAAGGAAGAGAACUGGCAAAGCCACGGAUUUUCAUGGCGCAGGCCGCAGAGCCGCGAACGAAGACCGAAGGUUGCUUCCCGGCUCUCCCAGUCUCUAACUGUCUAGGUCCGGACCAUGAGAGAUGGUGUUGAAAAUUCGGCUGUUCCCUGGCGCGCUGUGGAAGCCAUCUCCAAAUUAGCGAUCACAUAUGGAAACUGGAGACCAGAAUUUUAGGAAAAGAGAUUAAGGCAUCUCACUUGGGGGGGGUGGGGGGUGUCUUUUUAUUUAUUUUCCCUUUUUUUAAAAAAAAUCGCUGCAACUGGAACAGUUUUUUGAUCUCAAAAGGCAAGCCUCUCUUCCCGUGUGAUCUUUAUAAUUUACACACUUUUCCGUGAGCUUUCUUAUCUCCCUUUUUUUAUAUCUCUCCAUAUUCUCUAUUCACACAUAUAUCCAUUAUAUUAGUAGUGGAAUUACCAUUCGCACCCUCACACACACGCUCCUGAGAACCAGAAGUCGGUUGGGUGUUUAUAUAAUGAAGAAUUAUGGGGCUGUUUGAUCGAGGUGUUCAAAUGCUUUUAACCACCGUUGGUGCUUUCGCUGCCUUCAGCUUGAUGACCAUCGCUGUGGGAACCGACUAUUGGCUGUACUCCAGAGGGGUUUGCAAGACCAAAAGUGUCAGUGAGAAUGAAACCAGCAAAAAGAACGAGGAAGUUAUGACCCAUUCUGGAUUAUGGAGAACCUGCUGCCUCGAAGGGAACUUCAAAGGCCUGUGCAAGCAAAUCGACCACUUUCCAGAGGAUGCAGACUACGAAGCAGACACCGCAGAGUACUUCCUCCGGGCCGUGAGGGCCUCAAGUAUCUUCCCGAUCCUGAGUGUGAUCCUGCUCUUCAUGGGUGGCCUCUGCAUCGCAGCAAGCGAGUUCUACAAGACACGCCACAACAUCAUCCUGAGCGCUGGCAUCUUCUUCGUGUCUGCAGGCCUGAGUAACAUCAUUGGGAUCAUCGUGUAUAUAUCAGCCAAUGCUGGGGACCCCUCCAAGAGUGACUCCAAAAAGAACAGCUACUCCUACGGCUGGUCCUUCUACUUCGGGGCCCUGUCCUUCAUCAUCGCCGAGAUGGUCGGGGUGCUGGCCGUGCACAUGUUUAUCGACCGCCACAAACAGCUGCGGGCCACGGCCCGCGCCACCGACUACCUCCAGGCCUCUGCCAUCACCCGCAUCCCCAGCUACCGCUACCGCUACCAGCGCCGCAGCCGUUCCAGCUCGCGCUCCACCGAGCCCUCUCACUCCAGGGACGCCUCGCCCGUGGGCGUGAAGGGCUUCAAUACCCUGCCGUCCACGGAGAUCUCCAUGUACACCCUCAGUAGGGACCCCCUGAAGGCUGCCACCACGCCCACCACAACCUACAACUCAGACAGGGAUAACAGCUUUCUCCAGGUCCACAACUGUAUCCAGAAGGACAGCAAGGACUCUCUCCACGCCAACACAGCCAACCGCCGGACCACUCCCGUAUGAAGACGGUGGAACCGGGGGACCUGGGAGGCUUGGCCCGUGGGCUGG